AGCCAAUCGCCGCCCGCGGCCCACCGCCCUAAGCACCCAGCAACUGGGCGGCCUACCAACGUGGAGUAGCAAUGCCAGCUCACGACGCCGGCGUCCCCUUCUGCAGUAGUAGGGUCACCCCUACGGAUUACUGCAUUCACUGUGCUCCAAUUUCUGCUUUUCCGGGAACUGAUUGAAGUGGAGCGUUAUCUGCCCCACGACCGCCUGCCGUUACGCACUCCGCAUGCCGAGUGCUUGCAAUAUACCUCUUGAAUGUUCUGAGCAGGCCGUCAUCCAUCCCCACAGACAAGCCCACCUUUUUUGUUGUCUCUCCCUGCUUGAACACGACGUGACCUCGGCCGACGUCUCCUGUCUAACUCCCUUCACCCCUUCACCAUUGCAACCCCCUGUCGCCCGCUGUCUGCCGGGGAAUCCCAAUCGCAGCCCUAGCAUAACUGGUUAGCUCGCAAGUUGUGCGGAGUGAAGACUGGCCGGCCAGCCAGCCGACGCUCCCCAGCGCGCUGCUUGAUCUCACUCGCUCUUCAACCAGCAAGGAGGCUGGCCGCUGUUCGACCUGUGUAUUUCCCAAAGGUCUCGCCAUGUCUUGCAGCGCCGGAGAGCGGCCCAAGGUGCUCUUACUGGGCCUCAUUGAGCAUGCCCAUGCAGCUUGGGCCUCUGUCGAGGAGAUCGCGGACGUCCUGACGCCUCGGUCAACCAACCGGGCCGAUUUCCUGGAAGAGGCGGCCUCCGGGGCUUUCGACGGCUGCAUCGCGGCAUACCGCACGUUUGACAGCUUCAAUGUGACUGGCAAGAUUGACGGCGAGCUUCUCGAGGCACUGCCGCGCUCGCUCCGCUUCAUCUGCCACAACGGCGCCGGUUAUGACCAGGUGGACAUCCAGGCUUGUACCGCGCACGGGAUCCGCGUGUCCAACACGCCCACCGCGGUCGAUGAUGCCACUGCGGAUACCGCCAUCUUCCUCCUUCUCGGCGCCAUUCGGAACCUGGCUGUCGGUAUGGCAUCCCUGCGGGAGGGCAACUGGCGUGGAGUGAGUGCUCCCGCACUCGGACACGAUCCGCAGGGCAAGAUCCUCGGCAUUCUCGGAAUGGGCGGGAUUGGACGCAAUAUGGCGAAGAAGGCGCUGGCGUUCGGUAUGAAGAUCCGAUAUCACAACCGCACGCGCCUGGACCAGAGUGUGGAGGAGGAGCUCGGGGCAGAAUACGUCAGCUUCGACGAGUUGCUGGCUGAAAGCGACGUCUUGAGCUUGAACCUCCCGCUGAAUCAAAGCACGCGGCACAUCAUCUCCAGGAGAGAGUUUGCCAAGAUGAAGAAGGGCAUCGUUAUCGUCAACACGGCACGAGGAGCGAUUAUAGACGAGGCCGCCCUGGUUGAGGCGCUUGACUCAGGCCAUGUGAGCUCAGCAGGUCUCGACGUCUACGAGAACGAGCCGUCCAUUCACCCGGGUUUACUUGCGAAUCCUCGCAUCCUGCUCGUCCCACACAUGGGCACCUGGACCGUGGAAACGGAGAGGAAGAUGGAAGAGUGGGCCAUCAGCAACGUCCGCAUGGCUAUCGAAGAAGGACGGCUCCGCAGUAUUGUCCCGGAGCAACGGCAAAUGUGAUGUGAAGAUCGACGCGCACCCAAGGACGAGUCGAACCGGGCGCGCCACACGAUUUUCGCUCGUGUCGCUGGGCCCCCCCGCGG